AUGGAAACGGGCAGCCCGGAGGAGCGGGACGGAGGGGACCAGCGGCGACAGGAGGGUGGGGACGGCCCUCCCGACAGCGCCAAUGGCUCAGUGGUGGCAGCGGAGCCGCAGCAGCCGCCCCCGGGCAAGCUGAGGAAAACGGCCUUCAAGCUGUUCGGGGGCAAGCGCAGCAUCUGCACCCUGCCCAGCUUCUUCGGCGGCCGCGGCAAGAAGGGGCUCAGCAAGUGCAAGACCCACGACGGGCUGAGCAGCGCUGCCUGUGACAAGGGCGGGGGGACGCAGCCGGACAGCCCCUCGGAGGGCAGCAGGGAUGGGCAGCACGGAGCCCUGCCCAGCUCCCGCAGCGCCCAGCUGGCCACCGACAGCAGUGCCAAGGGGGAUCUGGGCCAGCGGGACAGCUCUCCCCCCGGGAGCAUCGAGGGCUGUGAUAAAAAGUCCACUGGGGAGAAAUCUUCUUUCCCCAGACCCAAAAAAGGGCUGAAAGGGUUUUUUAACAGCAUCCGGCGCCACCGGAAGAGCAAGGCUGCCGAGAGCGAGAAGGCAGAGCUCCCCGAGUGGAACGGGGACACGGAGGAGGCUGGGAAUGCUCCUGGAGUGGGAGUGGAGAGCCAAGGAGUUGUGGAGAGCAGGGGAGCAGGGCCGGUCCCUGAGGCCACGGCCUGCCUGGGGGGUGACUCCAGCUGUGGCGAGGCCACCGAGCCCGCGGGCCCCGCGGCUGGUGGAGGCAGCUCUGAGGGUGACACGAUGGCCGUGCCGGGGGACGGGGACCUUCCGGAUACAAAACCAGAGGCUGAGGCUGCUGCCUGCGCCGAGUUUGACCGCGAGAGUUUGCUGCUGGCCUUCCACCCUGACUUCAUGGACAACGAGCCUCCCUGCCUGCACUCCGGGGACCUGCUGAGCCUCAUGCUGGGGGACGUCACCUCCCUGAAGAGCUUUGACUCCCUGACGGGGUGCGGGGACGACAUCGCCGAGCCCGACAUCGCCGAGAGCAGCAUCUCGGUGGAGCGCAGCCGCGACGCCGCCAAACGCAGCUCCUGCCUCGUCACCUACCAGGGUGGUGGUGAGGAGAUGGCCAUCCCUGAGGAGGCUGAGGAGUACCUGCACCAGGUAUGGGACAGCAGCGUGCCGGGGGACAGGAGCUACGGGGCCCAGGUGUCCAGCAGCAGCCUGGAGACACACGCCUCUCACGAGGCCGACGCCCACCCCUACGUGGGGGAUGCCGUGGAUGGUGUUGACCUCCUGACGCCCCAGAGUGACCAGCAGGAGUCUGCCCCAAACAGUGAUGAGGGGUAUUAUGACUCCACCACGCCAGGACCGGAUGAUGAGGCUGGGGAGGAGCUCAAGAAGGACAGACUGCCCCGGGACAGCUACAGCGGCGAUGCACUUUACGAGUUUGACGCCCUGAUGAGCCCCUCUCACGGGGAGGAAUCUCUGUUUGAGGGCAAAGUCCCACACCAGGGCAUCUUCAGCUACUUCAUGGACUUCUGCCUCCCUGCGGAGAAGAGCCUGAUCCAGCAGAUGAUGGAUCAGAAAAGAGGGCUGAUGGAAACUGAAGAAGAGGGGCUUGCAGCCAUUCAGAAAGAGCUGCUGUACUGGGAGCUGCAGAGGGAGCCCGUCCUGAAACGCCUGGAUGUCUCCAGCCAGGAGAAGUGUCCCCGGGAAAAGCAGUGCAUUGAAUGUAAAAGCAGAGCAGCCAGCUCCAUUGGCAAGGGUCAGAGCGGCCUUGGGAGUGAGCAGGUGGCCUCACACACUCCGAGCCGGGCUCUCAAUGGUGGGGUUGCAGUGGCUAGGGCUGAAAAUCCAGAGUGGAGGGAUUUUCCAGGGACUCUGUGUCCAGAAAACUGUUACAACAGCCAAAAAGCCCCCGGGAGUUGCCUUAUUCAGCUCACAAAGAGCAACCCGGGGUUCGAUGCAGGCCCGGACUGUGGGAUGCUUGGGGACUCCAUCCACGGCAGCGUGGCCCCAGCCAAGGCAGGGAUGUUCCCUGGGUUCAGGCUGUCUGAGCAGGAGCGUGGCGGCAGAGCAGAGCCCAGCCCUGGUGAGCCCCAGGUGGGCAGCGAGCCCGAGCACGCCGUGAGCUUCUCCCAGGCUCUGGUGGAGUUCGCCAGCAGCGGGACCCUCUUCUCCAGCCUCUCCGAGAGCCUGGGGAGCUCGGCCUCCAGCUCGUCCUUCACCCAGAACCUCCCCGCCCUCCCCACCAUGGUCACCUUCGACGUGGUGGACGUGGAGCAGGACGGGGAAGGGGAGUGCGAGCAGCACCCGGAGCUGACUGCGGGCGAGGACAUCGCCGAGGCCUUUGAUGAUGGCUACGGACAGAAAGAGUCGUUGGCUGAAUGUGACGAGAGAAUGUCCCCGGGCUUCUCCCCGGGCUCUUUCCAGAGCAGCAACUGGGGCGUGGCCAGCCUGCCCCGCCACCUGCGCCUGCACGGGCUGAGCCCCUCCAUGCCUGCGCCGCUCUCCGUGGACCGGAGGAGCCGCUCGCUGGACACCGAGAGCCUGGAGUUCGAGCUGGCCGAGCCACAUGGAGCCCGCAGCGGCCCCCAGCACUGCCGCCUCUGGGCCAGGCGUGAAGCUGGCAGGAAGGACUCUGCUGGAGCCAGGAGGAGCAGGAGCAAGGAGGAGGGCGAGCUGGUGGCUCCCGAGGGUGGCUUGAGCUGGCCGGGCCUGCGGCACCUCCAGCACGACGCUGCUCCCGGUGGGAUGGAGCUCUGGGGCUUCGCUCCGGCCGGCGCCGUGGAGAGCGUCUGGGAGCCAUCAGAGCCACCAGACGCCGCGUCCCCUUUCCUGCCUCUCUCCCGGGGUGGCAUCGGGGAGGCUCCGGAGAGGAGGCCCCAAGAGGCAGAGCUGACCAGGCACCCGCUCCGCCCCUCCAACCUCCCCCUGCAGCCCGAGGCCAGGCCGGCCCGGGAGGCGGCCGGGUCCUACCGGUACCACGGGGAUGUCCCCAAGCUGUCCCGUUUGUUACCCCUGGGAGAAGCGGGGCUGCCCCCGAGCUUUGGUUUCGCCCGCUCCCCGGAGCACCGUGCCAGGGGCAAACCCGUGGGCAUCGCCCAGGGCGUGCCGCAGCAUCCUGGGGACAGCGGUGGGGACCCCGAGAGCCCGGAGCCGCUCAAGGGCAGGGCCACCCCGGGGCACGGCGGCUGCCGUGGCACCGUGUGCAGUGUCACCGACGCUGAAUAG